GUGAAUAGAACACGCACAAAAACAGUGCUUGUCAUAUUUCAGAGACGCUUGUAGUACUACUUGGCACUGUAAAAUAAUCUACGUCGCUCUCUGGAAUCUAAAGUUUACCAGUUUUGGAACGAUGUCAAACUACGCACGAUGGCAAGCAGAGUGACAAGCACGAUACAGCAAGGGUACGGGUCGAUCCCCGACACGUCAGAAGAGUCGAGUGAAUGCAAAGCUCAGCCAGGGAGUUCUUGCGACGCCCUGCUUUCCGCGGUCACUAAACUAGCUAUAUGGGAAGAUUUUGAUACCGAAAAAUUGGACAGUGGUUUUUUUGCUGACGUAUAUAAGGUGCGUCACCGUGGCAACCAUGAUGUCAUGGUUGUGAAAAUCAGCAAGUCAAAAGACAGAGUGGAUCAGUGCAAAAUGGUCAAAGAACUAGAAUUGAUGAAUAAAUUACACCAUCGCAACGUCAUCAAAUUGGAAGGUGCAUGUAUUAAGGAGGGUCAGUUGCAUCCAAUGCUCGAGUAUUUGUCCGGAGGAUGUUUAAAUACUUUAUUAUUGGACCACGAAAAACCGAUCAGUCUUGAGGAACGAGUCAACUUUGCCAGAGACAUUGCCAGUGGUAUGGCGUAUUUACACGAAUGCAAUGUCUGUCAUCGAGAUUUAACGUCAAUGAAUUGUUUAUUACGAUUAUCGGAGAGACGAGAGUGCGUGGUAGCAGAUUUCGGACUAUCCCGGAGAGUGGUCUCCACCGGGUCCGACGUAGAAAAAGACACCCCACGGAAGAUGUCAUUGGUCGGAUCACCGUACUGGAUGGCUCCUGAAAUGCUCCGCGGUGAAAACUACAAUAAAAAAGUAGACGUGUUUUCGUUUGGUAUUACACUUUGUGAAAUUAUUGCGAGGAUAGAAGCUGACCCUGAUGAGCUAUUGAGAACCCAGUCAUUUGGUUUGGACGUGAAACACUUCAGAGAGAAAUGUCAAGACUGUCCGAACGAUAUUCUGUCAUUAGCUGAGUGUUGUUGCGAUCUGAACCCAACCAAAAGACCGUGGUUCAACGAAAUCGUCAGUAUUACCACAGAUAUUCUUCGGAAUCUUCGCAAGGACGCUUUUUAUUCAACAUGUGUAAUUAUAUCGAACCCACCAAGUGACAAUGACCUCGAAAUGACAAAUGACAAUACCCCGAAAUGUGUCAACAGAAAUGGCGACAUUGACCAGACUGUGGAUGACAUGCAGAGACUAAACAUAGGUGAAAAUCACGUCAUUGGACCACGCAAGAGACCAAGUAUUAUUCAGGUACAACAACUGCCCUCUAUCGCCGAAAUAUCGAAGAGCCAAUCCUUGGACAACUGCGAUUAACUAUGCUCCCGCGUACGCAUCCCUCUGGGACAGUGACGUCACGAACUAUCAGAAAAUAAUUUGUUAUAAUAAAUGUAUUUAUGUUUAUAUAAAUUGCCCUUCAUGCAUGUUUAACACUGUAUGUGAUAUACGCAUUCCAUUCAAAAUGUUGUGUUAAUCCUAAAUUAUA